GGGAUACAUAAGUCAUUUUGAACCGAACCAGACGCAGUAAGGGUCAGUUGGUUGGGUUGACUGGAUAAAAAAGCUUAAUCUAUUACUAUUUUAAUGGCUUCAAUCAAAUUUACCUCAAUCCCACGCUUACCCUCCCAAAAUUUACCUUUGUCCAUUAUCUCCUUUUCUCCUUUCUGUCAAAUUUAUCGGAACCCUGUCACUCUUGUCGCUCCUAGCAGAGCUCGCUGGAGGUCACGGCGGAAAUCGGACACAUCUAUGCCGAUGCCGGCUCACCGGCGGGACCGAAGCGAUGAGUCGCUUUUGGUUCCCGUAGAUAGUGGCGGUAAAGGUGAAAUGCUAACAACAGAUGUGGAGGAAGGGACAAGCUCAAGUAGUAAAAAUGGUGUGCGUAAAAACAGAUAUCUCAGUAGCAGAAUCAAAUGCUUUGGGGUGGAUUUGUCACCUGAUAAUGUUGCUGUUGCAAUGGUGUAUUUUGUUCAAGGUGUUUUAGGCCUAUCUAGACUCGCUGUCAGUUUCUACUUGAAAGAUGAUUUGCAUUUAGAUCCUGCAGAGACAGCUGUAAUAUCUGGUUUUUCUGCAUUACCAUGGCUAGUCAAACCUCUUUAUGGGUUUAUUAGUGAUUCUGUACCACUUUUUGGUUAUCGAAGAAGGUCAUACUUGGUUCUUUCAGGACUUCUUGGUGCACUUUCUUGGAGCUUAAUGGCUACGUUUGUUGACAGCAAGUACAGCGCUGCAUUCUGCAUACUUCUUUCAUCACUUUCUGUUGCCUUCUCAGAUGUUGUUGUAGAUUCCAUGGUGGUUGAGAGGGCUCGUGGCGAGUCACAAAGCAUGUCAGGAUCUCUUCAAUCUUUAUGUUGGGGUUCUUCAGCUUUUGGUGGAAUUGUGAGCUCGUACUUUAGUGGUUCUCUGGUGGAUGCUUAUGGUGUAAGGUUUGUUUUUGGUGUCACUGCCUUGCUACCACUGAUAACUUCUGCAGUUGCUGUUCUUGUGAAAGAACAGCGUGUUCUUGUUCCAGCUAGAGGACAGAAUCUUGGUUUGACUGGUCCUGAUUUUAUGGAAAGCUCAAAGCAGCAUGUUAUUCAGUUGUGGGAUGCAGUCAAGCAGCCAAAUGUUUUUCUUCCCACUUUAUUUAUUUUCCUCUGGCAGGCAACGCCUCAGUCGGACUCUGCUAUGUUUUACUUCACCACAAAUAAACUUGGGUUCUCCCCAGAAUUUCUCGGAAGGGUCAAGCUUGUUACUUCAGUUGCAUCAUUGGCUGGGGUUGGACUGUAUAAUGGCUUUCUGAAAAAUGUUCCUUUGCGGAAGAUUUUUAUGUUUACUACCAUAAGUGGUACAGCUCUUGGAAUGACUCAGAUUUUCCUUGUUUCUGGACUAAAUAGAAAGUUUGGCAUAAGUGACGAGUGGUUUGCGAUUGGGGAUUCUUUGAUUUUAACAGUUCUUGCUCAGGCUUCUUUCAUGCCUGUUCUUGUGCUAGCAGCAAAAUUAUGCCCAGAAGGAAUGGAAGCAACACUUUUUGCCACUCUCAUGUCCAUAUCUAAUGGAGGAAGUGUUCUAGGAGGAUUGAUAGGUGCUGGUCUAACCCAGCUUUUCGGAGUCACAAAGGAUACCUUUGACAAUUUGGCCUAUUUGAUUGUUCUGUGCAAUCUCAGCUCGUUGCUGCCUUUGCCACUCUUAGGUCUUCUCCCCCCAGAUACAUCUGACACCAUCACAGAGGAGGGUGGUGGGGACGUUGAGAUGAAGUCUAAUUGAUCUUUAUUUUCUUUUUUUGGGUUGCUCAACAUCGAAAUCAAAUGCAUUGCUUUUCAACCAUUGCUUCUGCUAUUACUGAAAUUAGCACACAUUUUGGUGGCAAGUACGACCAUAACACGGUGAGAGGGAGAGAGAUUCUGUAAAUAUCACUGAAUUGGACACAGAAAUAGAGAUAGAUCCCAUACUUUUUCUUGUUUAACUGAAACGAUUGUGGCUGUAUUGGGUUGCAGUCAAUUUGAAAGAUAAUACAUUUUACUAGAAAUUCUGAGCUCAUCUUAGAGGCAAGAGCUUCUCCUUCUCCGGCAAACUAAUAUUAAAGACUCGAUUCUUGUAUUAUGAUUUGGUUUACAGUAUGUUCUAUUUCUUAAUUUUAUCAUUGCUUGUAGUGAGGAAGAUUCAACUGUC